AUGAAAAAAUAAAGUGAAGAGAUUGUUAAUGAAAUUCGAAAAAGGCAACCUGAUAAACCGUUGUCAUUAACAGAGUUAGCCAUGAUCAGAGAAAUCUAAUAUAUGUAUUUAAAAAAGGAGAAAUGUGUUUUGGAUCUAAUAAUAUAAUAUUGUUGUGAUUGUAAUUUGAUUUUUAAAAGUAUGAUUAGAACGAUUCCAAAUUAGAGUUUGUGAGAAGGCAUUUCUAAUGACUACAAUUGUUCCAUUAUUGCAUAGUGAAAAUCCAGUUGAUAUCAUAAAGAGUGGCACUAUCAUAAUUGCUUGUUUAAGUGAGAAUUAGGAAACUCAUAAAAGAAUUAUAAAAAGUGAAAGUCUUUAAAGUCUCACUGCUCUCAUAAAGAAAAAAUUACAUUAUGAGAUAACUAAAUAUGCAUUAUAAACUAUAGCUAAUCUUGCAAAGGUUGCUGCUAAUUUUCGGAAGAUUUUAGAAUAGAAUUUUCUAGAUGAUACUUAAGUCUUAGAAUAAGUUUUACCUAAUCAAUCCUAAUUAUAUGUUUUAUAAAUCAUAUAUGAAAUGACUUAUCAAUAACAUACUUAUCUUGAUUAAAUGUGCAAAUUAAUGUUAAAAAAGAGAUUCAUCAAAAAAAUCAUGCGUAGUAUUGUUUCUGCUGAUGUAGAUGUUGCUACCUAAGCUAUUCUAAUAAUCAAGUAAUGAUAAAUCUUAUUUAAAUAGUUAAUUGAUCAUAAAUAGUAAAAAAAUAGAUAGAUAAUAGAAUAUUGAUAAUAAAAAUCAAGAAAAUUUAGAAAGCUCUCCUUAAAUAGAUAAUAAUAAUAAUAAUAAGAAUUUAAAAAGACUUCUUAAAUUGAAACUACCUCCUAAAUUACUAUUAACUUAUAAAUUAUUUUAAGGACAUGAGAAUUCAAUUAAAAUAACUAAGUAUUAUAUUAAUUUUAUAAUUAUAGAGCCAUAAUGUAAACUCUAGAGAAUUUAUUAAAAAUAAAGGAUUUUUAACAAUAAUUAGUAAUGGAUAGUUAUUAUAUUUUAUGUUUGCAAAUGUUUGAUACAAAUGUUUAUGAAUUAAAUUAUUAUGGUAUAUCAUGUUUAGCUUAUAUGAGUGAAUUGGUUGAAUCUCAUGAUAAAUUAGUUGAAAAGAAGAUACUUGAAUUGAUGUAUUAAAUCUUAAAGGAUUGUAAAGAUUAAAAAAUUAAAUAAUAAGCAUUUAAAAUAAUUUCAUGUAUUUCUUUAAAUCCAAAAUAUCUUCAGAAUUUAAUUAAUAUGGGUAUGAUUGAUUUAUUAGUUAAUUCAUUAAAUUCAGAUGAAAAAGCAUGUAAGAUAUAUAGUAUACUUUCACUUAGUAAUCUAUCAUGCUCAUAAAACUUUCAUAAAUAUAUUGGGAAUAUUAAUAUAAAAUUAUUAAUACAUAUAUUAGAAUUAUCAGAUCCUUCUAAUCAUGCAGUAUUAAGAGCUGCUGCAAAUACAUUAGCAAAUAUUUCAAUUGAUCACACAUAUUAAUAAAAUUUUCUUAAAGAUCCAGAAAAAACUAUUAUUUUAAAAUUAAUUUAUUCUGCAACUGAUAUCAUAUUGAUUAAAUCAAUAAUUAUUAUUUUCACUAAUAUUAGUACUAAUAGUAAUCUCAUAACUGAUUUAGCUUAAUAAGAUAUAUUGAAUUGUCUUUUUUUAUUAUAUUAAAAAGAUUAUGAAGAAUUAAGAGGAUAUUUAUCUCGUUGUUUAAGUGCAUUAUCAGUUGUUCCAGAAUGUAAGAAAUUAAUUUUGCAGAAAGGUUUCAUGAAAUCAUUAGUUAAUUCUAUAUAUAAAUCAAAUAGAGAAACAAAAAGAAUGAUAUUAUUAUCAAUAAUGAUGAUGUUAUCAAUAAAUGAAGAAUUUCAAAAAUAAUUUAUUAAUGAAUAAGGAACUGAAUGUUUAUUAUAUUUAAUGUCAUAAAGUGAUAAUUUUCAUGCUUAUAUAGCUGCUAAAAGUUUUGUAUUAAUAAGUAGAAUGGAAUCUUCAUUAUCUUAAGUAGCUAGAAAAUCAAUUUGUGAAAGUGUUGCAAAAUAUUCUCUUACAAGAGAAAGAAGAAUAUUGAAAGAAGGUUUAAGAUUCUUUGUUAAUAUUAUAAUUCAUAAACGUCCAAAGGCAUUUAUAAUAAAUCAUUUAUGUUUUCUGGCACAUGAAGUAUUAAAAGGUGAUGAAUAAGAUGCUCAAUAAUUAGGAAUGUUUGCUUUCAUGUUAUUAUCAGAAUAAUAAAUAUAUCAUGAAACUGUUAUGGCACAUGAUCAUUUACUUUAGACAAUAGCAAAUAAAGUAUUCAAAAGUAACAACACUAAUGAUUUAAAACCAUAAAAUGCUACAUUUUUAAGUAUUGCUAUUAUGAAUUUGUCUUUAAAUUUAAAUAAUUUAGAAAAACUAUUAAAUUUUAAAUUUAUUAAAGUUAUGAGAGAUAUUUGUGUUAUGUUAACAAAUAAUUAAGAAAAAGAUCCUGAAUUUGAUUUUCGUACAUAUCUCUUUACAUUUAUACGUUAAUUAUUAAAGAUACCAAAUUUAUAAGAGAAAUUACCAGAAAUAUUUAAAUAAGGAGCUACUUAAAUAAUAUAGGAAUUAAUAUUAUCUAAUAAGAGUUAUUUUUUUAGAAGUUUGUUAGAAAGUAUUAAUAUUUUAAUUUCGAUGUCUGACAAAUAUCCAUCAGAUAUACUUAAUGUAAUUGUUAAAUUAGCUGAUCCUGAUUAUGAAAUGGAUGAUGAGGAAUCAUUACCAUUAAGAGUAUAUGUUUUAAAUAGGAUGUCUUAUAAUCCUCAUUCUCUUGAGUACUUCAAAUAAUCAAAAAUAGUACCAUUUUUAAGUGAAAAAAUGUAAUAAGAUCUUUCAUUUUUAAAUAUAUCUUAAUAUUUUUGUUCAUUAUUAGCAAAUAUAUCAAAAGAAAAUGAAAUUCUUAAUUAAAUUUUUGAAGCUUAGAUUCUUACAUCUAUAUUUAAAUUACGUUAAUAGAAACAUAAUAUUAAAUUAACUGAUAUUAUUCGUUUAUUAGCACAUUUGAGUUCACAUCCUUCAUUUAAACCAAAAAUAUUUAGUGAUGAAAUAUAUGCCAAUAUUUUUGAUCAUCUACAAUAAGUUACUUUCUCAGAAAAAUAAGAUCCUUAAAUAUGUUACCCUGUUUUAAUUUGUAUUCUUAAUAUGACAAAAUCAGAUUAUGGAUUAAUUAAAGCAAUAGCAAGAAGUGACAUUUUAAAUUUUGUUAAAGUUUAUAUCAAAGAAUAAAAAGGACCAUAACAUAUUACUAUUUUAUGUUUUCUUACUCUUUCCAAUAUGCUUAUAGAUCCUGAUAUUCUUAAAAAAGAAAAAGAUAUUCCUUCUUUAGUAAAUUAAUUAAGAUAAUCAAUUUAAGAAAAUGAAGAUUAACUUGAUCCAACAUAACCUGAUUAUGUUGUAGUCUCAUUUCUCAAAGUCAUGCAUAAUAUGGUAUUAUAACAUUAUUCAGAAAUUGAAGAUAAUCUUAUUAUGAUUGAAUGUCUAUAAGAUAUAUAGAAAAUGUUUAUCAAAUUUACAUCUUAAGAGAUUUUAGGACUUAUUUUAUCUAUUUUCUGUGUUAUGGUUGAAUCAUAAAAAACAUUAUAAACAUUUAAAUCCAAUUAUCCAGUUAUGAUUAAAAUAUUUGAUCUAUUGCAUCACAAUUAUGAAAAAUUGGAAUAAUAAGAAUAAAGAUUUAGAUCAUCAUUAUUAUUAUUACUUGCUAAUCUUGCUUAUCAUGAACAUUCCUUUGAUUUUUUUGAAACAUUUUUAAAUAUAGAAGAUUUUAUGAUCAAAUAUAGAACUGCUUAUCUAAAUCUUACUUAGGCACCUGAUAGAGAAUUAUUAUUAACAAUAUUAGUUAAUUUAACAUAUAUUAAAGAAAUUUAAUUAAUUAUGCCUAAAUAUGAAAAAACUCUUUAAUUAAUUAAAGAAAUAUUUUUAUCAGAACAUGAUGAAUCUACAACUAAAAGAAUUGUAUAAUUAUUAGCUAAUUUAUCUUUAAAUUAAGAUUUACAUACAUGGAUUGCAAGUUAAGAUAUUCUUAAAAGAUUACAUAAAUUAUUUUUUGAAAGUGGUACAUCAAAAGUUUUAAAGGAAUAAAUCUAAAUUUUAUUAGCUAAUACAACAUUUACAGAGGAAGUUCAUGAAGUACUUAUUAAUAAUGAAGCCAUAAGAAUAUUUGAAUAAAUUGUAAAUAAAAAAGAAUCAAUAUAAUAAGAUACAUCACAUUAAUAAGUAGUUUCUCUUGUUAAUUUGGGACUUAAUCCUAGAACUUAUGCACUUAUUGAAAAUUAAUUAAAUAUGGUAAAUCUUCUAUCCCUUUUAGAUGAAUGUGAAAAACCUUUAUAAAUUAGAUUAUUAAAGUCUUCAUUAGAAUAUGUAAUUGAUAAUUCUAGUUAAAAUUUAUCAAAUAAAAAAGAAAUCUUAUAAUAAAUAAUUGCAAAUAUCAAUUUUUUAUUAGAAAGUAAAUCAAAAUUUUUAGUAUGUAAAAUUGAUCCUUUAUGGUAAAUGAUUCUUUCAACUGAAUUAAUAAACACAGUCAGAUUUGAUAGAGAGAGAUUAAUAGGAAAUUUUAUUACUAUAAUAAUAUUCUUUGAUAUGUUAGAAGUUAAAUGUAAUUAUUAUAGUCAUCUAUGUGAAUUAGCUGAUCGAAUCCCUCAUAUACUUGAUUUUCAAUCUAUGUAAAUGCAUAUUGAAAAUCUAUUUAUUUUUAAUUAAAAUUCUUUGAAUAAUUUAAAAGAAUUAAUAUAAUAAGUAAAAUAGAAAUAAUAAGUUGAACCUUUAUUAAUAUCUAAAUAUGAAUAAUUAGUCAAUCAAUUCCUAAGGUUAUUAUCAAAUGUUGCCUUUGCUUAAAAAACUUAGGUAGGAUUACAAUAAUUUAUGUAAAAGAAAGAAGUAGAAGAUCAUCUCUUAGAAAUAUGUUAAUUCUCCCAUUAAUAAGCACCAAAUCUUAUUUUAUAAUCAUUAGCCACUUAUGCAAAUAUCUUUUAAAUUGAUAGUAGAAAUUAUUAAUCAGUUUUUGAAAUAAUAGCUAAAAAUUAUAAAUAAUAAAUAAAAUAACAUCCUCUCUAUUAAACAUUUUUAAUUGGAGUAAUAGUAGGAGUUAUGAAAAAUAGAAAAUAUUUAUUAUUUGAAGAUGGUAAAUAGGAUAUUGGUGAUCUUAAUGAUUCAAUCUAAUCAUACUAAAAAAAUGCUCUAUAUUCAAUUUAACAAUAAUAAACUAAUAAUUUCUUUCAAAAGAGAGUAUCAUCAUAAUAAACAUUCAUUAGUAUACGAUCUUAAGAUAGUGAAUAUCCUGUUAAUAAGGAUAUGAGUUUAAUAAUAUCUGUUUUGUUGUAUGUAUUAAAAAAAGGUCAUCCUCCAACAUAUUAAUCUGCUCCUCCAUUAUUAUUAUAAUGUUUAACCAAUAUUGCAUAUCAUCAAGAGAAUUUUAAAUUUCUAUUUUCUACAAAAUUACCUGAAUAUUUAUUCACUUAUAUAUGUUAAAAAGAAAAUAUAUAGGCAGAUGGUUAUGUUCAUGCUUUAACAGCAUUUAUAAAUAUUAGUACAAAUAAAGAGUUUUUCUUACGUAUUCAAGCAGAAGAAGUAUAUAAAUAUGUAGUAAAAUUGAAUCAAGUGUCUAAACCAUUAGUUAUUUAAUAUAGUAGUAGUAUCUUUAUGUAAAUGUUUGAAUAUAGUACUGAGAAUGAUGAAAAUUAACAUCUUGUAGAAUUUACAUUAGAUUUUAUGGUUAAUGAAGUUCUAUCAUAUGUUACAUUUGAAUCAGAUCAUAUGGAUUUAUUUUUAGCAUUUCUUGAAAGAUUACUCAAAAUAUAAAAAUUAAAAUAUGUAAAUAAAAUUAUAUAUAUUUUUUUAGAAAAUAGCAAAAAUUGAAUCAUUAUUUUAAAAAUUUUAGAAAACAUUAGAAACAUAAGAUUUAACAAAUGAUAAAAAAUUUGAUAAAUAUUGGAGAAUAUGGAAUAUUUAUAAUUUUUUAAUCACUUCUAAAGAAUGUCUAAAUUAUUUAGUUAAAUAUGGAUACUUUUCUUUACUUAAAUCUAAAUUAAGUUAUUUUACUUCCUCAUAAUUUGAUCAAUGCUUAAGUUAUAAUACUCAAGCAGAAUAUUAAGAAAAACAUAGAAAUGUAUUAAAAUAAUUUCAAUUAUUUUCUAUUGUCUUAUCUAGUAUUGAAAAGAUAUUUAAAAAUGAUGUAAACUUAAAAUUAUAACCUCCUAUUUAAAAAUUGAUAUAUUCAUAAAGAAAUGAAAAAGUAUCCACUGAUAUUAUAAGAAUAAAUGAUAAUGAAGCCUUAAAGAUUUCAUUUUAUGUACCCUUCUUAAUUAUUGAAAAAAUCUUACUCUCAGAAGAAACCUAUUAAAAUUAAAAUAAUAUAUUAAUUGUUGUUGAAGUAUUAAAUUAAAUAGCAUUAAUUUUAACUAGAAUGGAUUCGAAUGGUGAUAUGACAUUAAAAUUUCUUAUUGAAAUAUUAAAAAGAACACUUAAAACUUAAGUAGAAGAUAAAACUCUUUUUUAUAGCAAUGUUGUUAAUAUCUCAAUUAAAUUAUUUGAGAAAUUUGGUGUUGACAUAUCUGGUCCAAUUGAAGAGAUUUUAGUAUUAUUUAUAUAACAUUGGUAAGGUUCAGAGUUUAGAUUCAUGAAUUCAGAAAUUUAUUAAAACUUUUUACGAUUAUGUGUACUCUUUAAGUUUAAAGAUUGUUAAUAAGAUAAACCUUGUAAUUUAGCUAAUAGUGUAUUAUAAAUAAUGAAUAUUAAUCAGACAACUUUUAGAGAACAUGAAACUUAAUUGUUGUUUUAAAUGUUUUUAAAAAAACUUAUAGCUGAAGUUGAUCCUUCUGAAUCAUAAGAAUUAGAAGAAACUAUUUCAGAAUCAAUUGAUUUUUUACUUGAUUAUAUUUAGAAAUAAUCUGCAAAUAUUAAAGCAUAAUUAGAAAUGGGUGAUAAGAGUGUCACUGAAUAUUAGAAAACACUUUAAUAAUAAAAUUUUACUAUGUCAAUUGAAAUAUUAACAAUUCUAGUUUCAUUUACAUCUUUUUAAGAGAAAAUUUUAGAUUUGGAAUUAUUAAGUUCAACAGUCUAAUGUGGAUUGUUGAUUUAAGAAUUAUUAAAUUUUUUUGAAAAUAAAGAAUAAUAAUCAGAAGAUUUAAAGACAGCUAUUAAUUAAUUGUAGAGUUUUUUAAAACAUAUAAGUAUCUUUUUAAGUUAUACAUCAUUUUUGAUAAAAUUUCAUGAUGAAUUAUAAAGUUAACCUUGCAUAUAAUUUAUUUUUGAGAAUAUGUUAAAGAGAAAGAAAUAAACUAAAAUAUUUUGUUUUAAUAUUAUAGUUAAUUUAAUUGAAUCACAAGGACCUAAUUUUAUAUUUGAAGUAUUAUAAAGUAUAGAAGAAUAAAUAGAUAAAAUAAAUGCUAAUAAUUCAUUAUAAAAAUAUUCUUUAGAUGCUAUAGUUAGUUUAACAGAAGAAAUCUAUUAAAAAAUUCAACAUUAUAAAACUAUAGCUCCUAAUGAAGAAGCUUUUUACUAAUUAUCAGAUGAUAUUGGAUUAUUGUUAACAAAAAUAUUAAUUGGAAAGAAGCAUUCAUUUUCAUUAAAUGGAUCUGCUGAAAUAUUGAUGAAUAGCAAAUUAUAAUAAGUUUAAAUUAGGACACUAUUUUUAAUGAUUAAGAAAUUCAUAAAUUGUGAUAAUGAUAUUGCUAUUAGAGAUAAGAGUAUUUAAUUAUCAUUUGAUAUAAGUAAAUAGAUUUAUGGAAUGUUGUCUUCAAUGGAAUAAAUAGAUUGUAAUAAUGAGACAAUUUAAAAUUAAUAAUUUUAAAGUAAAUUCAUAAAUAUUAAAUAUACUUGGGAUUAAGUGAGAAAAAAUUAAACUUAUUAACAUUUAGAAGAUAUGUUUUUUUGGGAAUAAUUGGAAUUAAGUGAUUACUAAUUUAAAUUAAUAUUUUUAAUAAUUUGUUUUGAAAAUAUUACUUGUAGAUUUAGAGGUGAAUAGAAUAAUAAUAAAAUAGCAUUACCUAAUUCUGCAAUAAUGGUAAAUGAUAUAUUCUUAUUAAUUGAUCCAAAUUUAGAUACUUUUUUAGAAAACUAUAACCUUUAAAAUCAAUUAAACUUUUUAUUAGUAUACUAUGCUGCUUCUAUUAGUUAUAGUUCUUUAGGAAAUAGAACAAGAAAAAUAGAAUUUUAAUAAUUGGCUGAGCGAGAUAUGUCAUUUCGAAUCAGAUUAAACACAUUUGUAAGAGUACUAAGUGAUAGUAAGAUCAAUAUUCUUGCUAAUUUUGCUGACUUAAUAAGAGGACCAAUAUAAAAUUUAUGA